CAGAACAGUAGACAGUAACCAAGAAGUGAUCACAAAACGAAUUCUUUUUUUUGUUUUUUCUUCGGUGUUCUGACAUUGACUUGAAAAAUUCGUGUAUCAACGGGAUCGAGGAACAUUUUGCAUCGUGCAUUCACAGAACAUUGUUAACCUAACCUCGACCAAAUAUUCAUUUCCGAGUUACGAACAAAUAUACCUCAAACCACAAACGUACUACGUACUCUUUCUUUCUCUUUUUCACCUUCCUCUUUUUCUCUUCUUCCUCUUUUUCUCUCCUUCUCUCAGUUUCUAAUAUUUUUCUAUUUAUCCGCUCUGUUUUUCCUUUUCCUGUUUUACUUGAGAGUAUAUAUGGUAGUGCGUAGUAGGUAUUAAAAUAGUAGUACAAUUGUUGAUAAAAGAGAGCUGCUAACUAAAUUUAGUGAUAGUGCGCAAAGUGUUCGAGGAAUUUAUGCUAAAAUAGAAGAUACGGUCGUGGCGAAAUUUUCUGUUGCGACCGACGACGAAGAAAGCAAAAUUUCGAAGAUUCACGGUCUAUGAGCGCCAAGGGCCAAGGGGACCCUGGGGAAGAUCACGCUUCCAGGUUAUAUACUAUCACCUGCUCGCAAUAUCUAACAAUAGUUCAUUGCAAACGUUAAAAUACACAAAUGAUAGCAAUUCUUGCAAUGUUUAAUUAUAUUAUACAUAUAAAAGAAGUGUUUCGAUAUUAUGAAAAAUGAUGUGCAAUUAUUCUACAUAAAUAUUCUGCACGGUGUUCUGAAAGGUAGGAGCAGAAAGCCCUUGCAGCGACAUGAAGCGUGCAGUUGCCAAAAAGUUGAUUGAACGAUAUUUUUAUCAGUUAACCGAUGGAUGUGGUAAUCCUGAUUGUGACAAUCAAAACUGUGCAUCAAGUGGUAAGGUUACAAACCUUACUCCAAACCAAGCUGCUGCACAGGCUAUUCAGUUAUUUUCACAAGAAGCAAGACUUUGCGAUGGUACUCAACCGAGUAAAGUUGCUCGAACCACUUUAGAGCCAGGACCUGCAUCCUUAGCUAUGAGUUUACCAGUUAAAAAUGUGAAUCCAACAUGUUCGGAUGAAGCAGGGAAACAGGAUCCAUAUCUCACAGAAGCAAAAUUAUUGGAAAUAAUAGAAAGAUGUAAAUCAGAAGGGUCAUAUUCGUUAUUAAUCCGCACAUUGGGAGAAGUAUUUUCAUGUGCUAAGGCACUGAGCCUUAGUUUUCAAAAAACUGUAAAAAAUGACUCUCCAUUGGCUGCCCUUCUUGAUAGAGCCUCGGAUACUUUAUUAAGGCCACCUGGAGACAUGGACAAAGAAGCAAUUCGAUCUAUUCAAGGAGAAGACAAAGAAGAAGAUAGCAGUGAACCAUCGCCUACAGUUCCUAAUAACGAUGAUACCAGCGUCGAUUUACCAGCUGUGCGACGAGCUUUUGCCGCUCUUUGGUCAUUACCGGGAGAAGCAUUUAAAUCCGCUUUGGUCAAUGCACUAGUCACUUUGGCAGACAAUAUUGAAUUAGAUCUGAGGGUAUUUCGCAUAAUGCCGUGGGAUAACAUGGACAGCUUGUUGAACGUGUUUUUAAUAGUGUUUGAAAUUCCUAUGCUCGGGAAUAGCGAAUAUUUGGAACUUGCCUUUCAUAUGCUUUGCAAGGCGCUAAGCUGUUUUCCUAUUGUAGCACAAGCUAAACUGGCUCGUGUAUGGGCUAAACAUUGUAAAUCUCGACUUCCAAGUAUUUUGCAAGCUCUACAGGAAUUAAUAACGGUUAAGGUAAUAGGAGGAUCAUUCACUCGGGAUUACUGUGUACAAGAUGCGGAUACUAUUACAGCACCUACGAAAGUUAUGAAAAUUCUCUACUAUGCAAGUAUGUUAUCUGGUGAAUUGGAUGAACCUGACUUAAAUAUGGAUGAAGAUGUUGAAUCUACUAGUAAUGAUAAAUCUGUAAGAUCAUCGUCAUCGCAAAUUCCUCAAGAUCCGUUAGCUAAAGAAUUAGGAAUAACCGUGUUGGAUGCGAGGAAACCAUUUAUACCUUUUACCGAUUUUUACAAUGAACCACUUAGCGAUGCGAUAGAAAUGGAUAAGGAUUUUGCAUACUACAAAAGCGAAGAACCUAUGAAAUUUAGCUUUAUGAAUUACGCUUUUAUUCUCACGCCUGCUACAAAGACACUAGGCUUAUAUUAUGAUAAUCGUAUCAGAAUGUAUAGUGAACGUCGAAUGAGCUUUUUACAAACUAUCGUUGGACAUCCUACUAACCCUUAUUUAAGAUUAAAGGUGAGGAGAGAUCGUUUGAUAGAUGAUGCAUUAGUCGAAUUACAAAUGAUCGCGGUGGAACAUCCGCUAGAUCUUAAAAAGCAAUUAGUCGUUGAAUUUGAAGGUGAACAAGGAGUAGAUGAGGGUGGAGUUUCCAAAGAAUUCUUUCAAUUAAUCGUAGAAGAAAUUUUCAAUCCUGAUUAUGGCAUGUUCAUAACUCAGGAAGAUACGCAAAUGACGUGGUUCAAUCCAACAUCGUUUGAAAGUGACGCACAUUUCACAUUAAUAGGCGUUGUACUUGGCCUAGCAAUAUAUAAUAACGUAAUACUCGAUGUACAUUUUUCAAUGGUAGUUUAUCGAAAAUUGCUCGGUAGGAAAGGAUGCUUCGCCGAUCUAGAGGAUUGGAGUCCAACGUUAUACCGAACACUGAAAGAACUAAUGGAUUAUACCGGAGAUGAUAUGUCAGAAACAUUCAUGCAAACCUUCAAAGUGGCUUACAAGGACGUAUUUGGUUCGAUAACGUUUCACGACCUGAAGGAAAAUGGAGAUGAAAUAUUUGUGACACAAGAGAACAAAAAGGAAUUCGUAGAUCACUAUGCAGACUUCUUACUUAAUAAAUCAGUAGAAAGGCAGUUCAAAGCGUUCAGAUGUGGUUUCCAAAUGGUUACGGAUGAAAGUCCACUCGCGUUACUUUUCAGACCUGAAGAAAUCGAACAAUUGGUUUGCGGCAGUAAGGUUUUCGACUUUGCGGAAUUGGAAGCAGCUACAGAAUACGAAGGUGGUUAUACCGUUGACAGCGAGGCGGUACGUAAUUUCUGGCGCGUCGCUCAUUCGUUACCACCGGAAAGUCAACGAAGACUUCUCCAAUUUACGACCGGAAGUGAUAGAGUACCGGUUGGUGGUUUGUCAAGGCUUAAGAUGGUUAUUGCCAGACAUGGUCCCGACUCUGAUAGGCUACCAAUAGCGCAUACGUGCUACAACGUACUACUGUUACCGGACUACAGUACAAUAGAGAAAUUACAAGAUCGUUUAUUGAAAGCAAUUAAUUAUUCAAAGGGUUUCGGCAUGCUAUAAAUGUGCAUAAAAGCUUCGAUAUCUUUCCCAGUCUUUCAGAGUACAUCGAGCCCUGUUUACGGUGUUCGAAAUGCCCUCCUCUCGCCCCGCUACGUGGACGUAUAUUUAUUUAAAAUUGUGCAAACGCGUGUGAACGCGCGCUGAGAAUUCCCCUUUCUGCUUUUGUAAGACGAUCCAUUGAGAAAGAAAAACCGAAAUCACCCUUUGAUACACCGAAAAUACCUCGCAAUCGAUCGUUGUCCUCCAGUGUGUUUUCCCUCCAAUGCAAACGGCAACUGGAAUCGCUGUUGUAAAAAAAAAAAAAAAAAAAAAAAUAAUACAA